AUGAUUCUAGUUUCACUCUACGAGCUGGGCCAUGGCAUAUACCCUGCCGCGUUCCUCACAAUUGGGGCAUGCGCCAGGUAUGCAGUCGCCCUCGGUUUAGACAGAGACAUCUUUCUUUGGGAUCACACCGAGUCAGGCUGGGCAGCCAUGGAAGAGAAACAUCGCGCCUGGUGGGCCGUUGUGAUACUGGAGAGGCACAUGAACAUUGAUUCUCCAAGAAGACAUCUCUGUAUUCCGGAUCCCUGCGAGAAGCACUUUCUGCCUAUUUCGGACGAGGAUUGGAACAGUGGAGUACGGCCAGCUUUGUCACAGACAGGCUGCCCAUCACCGUACACAGUGUCCGCCCCUGCAAACAACAAGCUGGGCAAAUUCGCCAGACUGGCGCAGGCAUCCCAUCUGUUGGCCCGUGUCAUGCGCCACAUCGGCGAUACGCAGGCCGAUCCUCACUUCCUCGACACUGAGAAAAGCUUACUCGAUCAUGCCCUGCGGUCAUUGUUGUCACUUACCGUAGCGGAGGAACAGCGUGCUCUCCUGCUUCUGCACUCAUUUCCUCUGGCUUUCCCCAGUGCCAACAAGGAAAGUGCCCAGUAUUGCUACCGCGAAGUUACUGAGCUCACCUCCAAGGUGACAUUACCCAUCGCCCGACGUUUGAAAGGGCUCCUGCCUUCUGACGCGCAUGCCCCAUCUCCCUUGCUCCUAGACUGGAUGUACCGGUCUGUGAUUGCGUACAACAACAUCCGGGAAACUAACACCGCUGUGCUCGUCGAUGGCUAUGUAGAGACGGUGCGAGAAGCAAUGGAAGGGCUCGGCCGCCAGUGGGGCGUUGGAGGUAUACUCAUCUCUCUACCAAGCGGUUCCUCUGCAUUUUGA